UUGUAAAUAGUAUUAGUGAAUAAGUAGUUAUAAGAGUAUAUGUAUCAUAGGUAGAUGUAAGUAUUUGUUGUAAUGUUGUAAUUGUAAUAAACAGUCGCAUAAGAGUAGUCAAGCAGUUAACACCGUUAAUCAAGAACACAACAGUUGGCCACGAGGAAAUUCGGUCCGUGUGUCAGAAAAUAAAAUAGUCCAGGAUGUCAUUAAUUGGUGAAAUUGAACCCUUCGUCAUGGGGGAAAGUAUUCGUGAAUACUUGGAAAGAAUGGACAUAUUCUUUCAAGUGAAUGAAAUCGAGGCGGCUAAAAAGACUGUGAUGUUGCUAACGCUAGGAGGAGCAUCACUGUACAGUUUUGUAUCGAAGAUGGUAUCACCGGAAGAGCCCAAACUGUGCAAUUAUGAAAAGCUGUGUGUGAAACUAAAAGACCAGUUGGAGCAAAAGGUGAAUGUGGUGGCAGAGCGAUACAAUUUCCGUCACUGUAUGCAGAAGGAGCAUUCCAUAACCGAAUACAUUAUGGAAUUGAAGUCUAUCGCACAAACGUGUAAAUUCCAAUCGUUUCUAUCGGAAAUGUUACGGGAUCAAUUGGUGACCGGUGUACGGGACGAGGGUCUGAGGAAGCGCCUGUUAAGAGAGUCAGAGCUAACGUUCGAGCAAGCCGAAAGCAUCGCGAGAACGUGGGAAGCUGCGGAUGAGCAGAACGAGGCUUUCGUGGGAAAAGUGAAGCCUAGAGAAAUGGCGGCAAUUAAAAACGCGCCAAAGAGUAGCGUCAGUAAGCAGCACUACAACCAGGGAGGGAGUAGUUACCACCCACACAAGCAGAGGAACGAGCAUGCAAACGAGAGAAAGUGUUACCGGUGUGGGAGACUACACAAUCCACAAACAUGUCCAGCACGAUCGUGGCAGUGUUUUACAUGUAAGAUGAUCGGACAUGUGUCGUCGUGUUGCAGAAAUAUGAGAGUGCAAACCUUGAAAACGGAAGAGAGAGAACUAUCUCUUGCACACAUAUCGAACGAGAAUAGUUUAAGUGAACCAGAAGAGUGUGUGUUAAAGGUUAACGGUAUAGAUGUAAAAUUCGAAAUUGAUUGCGGAGCGUGUAAUACAGUAUUACCAGAGAACAUUUACCUUAAAAAAUUCAGUAGUGUCAAGUUGGAACCAACACAAUUACGUUUCAUAACGGCGUCAGGGCAAAGGUUAAUACCUUUGGGUAAAAUGUUCGUAGAUGCGACACGAAAAAAUAAAACGUUUAAGUUACAAAUCGUCAUAAUUCCAAACGGAGAGAAAGGAAGUGCGUUAUUAGGUCGAGAUGGAUUGGAUGUGUUGUUCCCAGAAUGGAGAAAAACGUUUAAGUUAAACCAAAUUGAAACCAAUUGGGAUGAUGAAAUAAGAGAGAAAUUUCCUAGUUUAAUCGAUGGGAAUCAUAAAGAAACGAUUGAAGAUUUUGAAGCUAAUUUGAUACUAAAACCAAACUAUAGUCCAAUAUUUCAUAAAGCAUAUUCGGUGCCGUAUGCACUUGUGGCAAAAGUAGAACAAAACAUAGAAAAAUUAGUGGAAGAUGGAAUAUUGAUACCAACCAGAUCAUCAGCUUGGGCAAGUCCGAUAGUAGUGGUGGAAAAGAGUGAUGGUUCAGUGCGUAUUUGUAUUGAUGGGAAAGCGACAAUAAACCGAUACCUUUCUGUUGAACAUUAUCCAUUGCCAAAAAUAGAUGAUAUAUUGGCUAAGAUUGCAAACUGGAAAAUAUUUUGUAAGGUAGAUCUUACCGGAGCAUAUUUACAAGUGAAAUUAUCAAAAAAUGCGCAAGAGAUUUGUACGAUAAACACACAUAAAGGGUUGUAUAGGUAUACUAGGAUGCCAUUCGGAGUGCAAUCAGCACCAGCCAUAUUCCAAUCAAUAAUAGAUCAAAUACUUAUACGAACACCAGGUAUUGCAUACAUGGUUGAUAUUUUGGUAGGAGGAAAAACGGAAAAAGAAUGCAGGGAGAAUCUGAUGGAAGUGUUGAAGAGGCUUGAAAAACACAAAGUAAAGAUAAACGAAAAGAAAUCAGAAUUUUUCAAAACAAAAAUAGAAUACCUUGGUUACGUUAUAACGGAAAACGGAAUCACGCCAAACGUAGAUAAAGUUAAAGCUAUAGAUAAUGCACCAGCACCAGAAAACGUAAUGCAACUACAAGCAUAUUUGGGAAUGUUAAAUUAUUAUGGAAGGUUCCUGCCAGAUUUAGCAAAUGUAUUAAGCCCAUUACACAAAUUGUUACGAAAAGAUGUUAAAUUUAUGUGGUCAAAAGAAUGUCAGGCUUCUUUCGAAAAGACGAAAUCACUGCUAAAGGCAAAUCACAUGUUAGAACCUUACGAUUCAAAAAAACCGAUAAUAUUAACGGUAGAUGCUAGCCCUUAUGGGGUGGGUGCGGUAUUAUCGCAUGAAAUAAGAGGACAAGAGAAACCAAUUUAUUUUGCGUCAGCGACUCUAACACAAGCACAAAAAAACUAUGCACAAGUCCAAAAGGAAGCACUAGCGGUAAUUUACGGAGUACAAAAAUUCCACAAAUAUAUUUACGGUGUGAAGUUUAAACUAGUAACGGACAAUGCAGGAGUAAAGGAAAUUUUUAAGCCAUCAAGAGCAACAUCUUCAAUCGCGGUGGCUAGAUUAAGCCGUUGGGCAUUAAUAUUAGCUAAUUACGAGUAUGUUAUUGAACAUAGACCUGGAAAAAAUAUGGGGCACGUAGAUGCAAUGAGCAGGUUACCAUUGGCAGAAGAGUCGAUUAUAGAAGAAGCGGAAGUUUCAUUGAACACACUAUCUUCAAAUGAAAUUAUAGAUAUUGGAAUGAUAAGGAAAUAUCAGAAGAACGAUAUAAUAUUGCAACAAGUCUACAAAAACGUAAAAAAUGGAUGGUCAAAAAAGGAAUCAAGUCAGUUAAAAGAUUAUGCUAAAGUCAAAAGUAAUUUGGGAAUCGAAAAUGGAACACUGCUAUUCAAUGAUAGAGUGAUAGUACCAGAGAAACUGAAAGAGGAAAUAGUCAAAUUGUUUCAUGGAAAUCAUGAUGGUCUAGUAAGGAUGAAAAUGGCAGCAAGGAAAUUAGUAUGGUGGAAGAACAUGGAUAAGGAUUUUUACAAGUUUAUUACGUUUUGUCAAAUCUGUCAGUCGAGACAGAUCAUACCGAAAGAAGUAGUUACAACAAAAUGGCCAAAAAGUUUACGCCCAUUUGAGAGAAUACACAUAGAUUUUUGUUAUUUUGAAAAUAACACGUUGAUGAUAAUUGUAGAUAGUUUCUCGAAAUUCAUAGAAGUGAAAAUCAUGAAAAGUAUAAGAGCAGAGUGUGUGGUAGAAGUUUUAGAAACAUUUUUCGCUUGUUUCGGAGUGCCAGAAGAAAUAGUGUCAGACAAUGGGCCUCCUUUCAAAUCAGAAAAAUUUAUCCUUUUUUUAAAGUCAAAAGGCAUUAAGGUCAGUAAAUCACCACCAUAUCAUCCACAAUCUAAUGGAUUAGCAGAAAGGGCGGUGAGAACCGUUAAAGAUUCCUUAAGAAAGUAUUUGUUAGAAGCAAGAUUCAAAGUAUUAAAUCUGCAGAGAAAGAUCAACCAAUUUUUGAUAAGCUAUAGGAAUAACCCAUGUACAGUAACGAAAGUUACACCAAACGAAAGAGUGUUCUGUUUUGUACCACAUACUUUAAUCACAAAACUUAACCCUACCGCAGCACACAAAACAGAUAUGCAAAAUGAAUGCAAGGAACAGAGAAAGAAUAGUACAAACAAAAAUGUGGAAGAAUCAAUACUUGAAGGGGAAGAGGUAUAUUACAGGAAUCAUUUCAAGGAAAUAAUUAGAUGGAUUCCAGCGGUAGUAAAGAAACGAAUAAGUGAAUUAGUGUAUCUAAUAAGCAUAAACGGGAUAAUUCGUAUGGUACACAAAAAUCAAUUAAGAAGAAAACCAAUACAUGAUAAGUAUAUAGUAAGUAGACUACCGAUAGCAAAGAACUGGUCGUAUAAAAGAAAAAGAAGCGAGUCUAGUCCACCACCCAUGAGAAGAUCAAAAAGAUUAGAAGGACAACCGCGUUUUAAAUACCCAAAGUAAGCAAAUGUUGCUUAAGGGGGAGAAGUGUAUAGAAUAUAUAGAAACUUCGUUUAAGGGGGAGAAUGUAGAGUUGUAAAUAGUAUUAGUGAAUAAGUAGUUAUAAGAGUAUAUGUAUCAUAGGUAGAUGUAAGUAUUUGUUGUAAUGUUGUAAUUGUAAUAAACAGUCGCAUAAGAGUAGUCAAGCAGUUAACACCGUUAAUCAAGAACACAACACUUAUUAAUAGUGAAGCACUCAUAAGAGAAAGAUACCUUUGUAGUUCUCCUAAACGGCAUCUACUUUUGUACAAAAGUCAGUAACGAUGUUGAAAUAGAUGUACAGGUGCCGGUUGUUAAUAAAUGUUUCUGCAGCCUAAUAAACCUUCUCCACUAGCAGUAGCUGUUGCGAUUGUUAAAGCAGAGAUUGUAUAAAACUUGUAUAGUCUCAGUAAGAGCACUCUGAGCCAUGGACAUUGGGAGAUAUAUCUAGUUGUAUGGUAAACUCGUUAUCGAUGGUUACUUUCCGUUGCGGUUGUAUUGGGGGUGGCUUACAAGGCCUCGACGGAGGCUCUACGCACUCUAGCUGUUUAAAGUCCUGUAGGAUGGCAGGACAUCCAGCCACCCCUUACAGGAAUCUUACAGGACUGAUAUUUUGGUCUCUUUAUACUGCGGAAAUUAUCAAAAGUUCACCAUAUCGUAAUUGCAGGAAAAUUAAAGCUCUGUCAGCAUAGUUGAGAUUUAGAUUGACGGGUAGCAUACUUGGACACUCUAGCGAGGAGGACAUUGCGUCUCUUACGAAAAAAAUAUUUACUGAAGUAUUAUUCAGUAUUCUUAGUGGAAUAAGUGCGCAAAUAGAACUUACUGCUAUCAUAUAUUAACUGUUUUGUAUCGAAUUGUUUGUAGCGCAUUAGCUUUUUAUAACCUACAUUAGCUUACAAUCGGAUAACCUUAUAACAAAUGUCCAGAAUCUAAAGAUCGAAUAAUAGUUUCCGUUUACAUUCCGCAGCGAGAUAAUUUCUUCCCCGUAUAAACUAAACAUCCAUGCACGGAAUAUUACAGACAAGCUGUAAUUUGAGCCCUCCAUACAAUGUAUUUAAAGGCAAAGAAAGAAAAAAACAUAUUAUCGCCCAAGCUUCUUUGCCCGUGAUAAAAACUUCACCGCCUAAUGCAUCAAGCAGUUGGUAUCAUUUCCAGCAGGGAAAUUAAUGCGUCAAUAAUUCCUCACGUUGCUCUCGAUAAUGUUAUCGGAUAAUCGUACCAAAAAUGGAUUGACGUUUCGCUACGAUCCUGGGGUGAAAUGGGACAGAUUUUUCUUACCAAUACAUCCAGCGUGAAAGACGCACCGUGCGAUGGAAGUUAACUUGUGGCUUGAGCUCAACAAUGACCCAUGGCACAUUGUCAUGUCCGAAUCGAUGGCCGUGUGUUGCUCGGGGUGUUUCGGGGGAAAAUUACUUAAUCCUACCAAAAUCGGGCUGUCGCUCGUAAGGGACUCAUCCUUAUCGUGCGCUAUUAAUCUAUUGACCAACCAGGCAGUCGGGUAUGUUGCUCGUUGAACACUUAGCAUGAACCAUAUACCAGGGAAAGAUUGCAGUGGGACAGUAUAAAGGCACAACUGUGCACAGGCUCUUCAUUGUCGUUACUAAGGUCACAGGCAGGUUAGACAGGAGUAAGAGAAAAAAAAGUGUAAUAGCUACAGAUUUUCGUGCGUUGAUGUUCUUCGUGCCAGUCGGUGUGGAAUAGGCCAAAAACCAAAGCAAAAAAAAAUGUAACAGGAAACUGUAUCCCAUUACAUCUUUCCGGAGCUAAUGGUCUGCCGGUCAAUU